GCCUCAGCGGCCACGCCGACGGCGCCGUGCGCAGCGGCAUCUUCCUGCAGAGCAACUACAGCGAGGUGACGGCGCAGGCGGGCGCCACGGCCGCCCUCCACUGCCGCCUCUCCUCGCCCCUCGGCGACGGCAUGGUGUCGUGGGUGCGGCGGCGGGACUACCACCUGCUGACGGUGGGGCGCCAGGUGUACUCGUCGGACGAGCGCAUGGGCGUGAAGGUGACGCCCGACGGCUGCGACUGGGUGCUCACCAUCCGCUGGGUCGAGACGCACGACGCCGGCCUCUACGAGUGCCAGGUGUCCUCGCACCCGCCGCAGGCGCUCAUGGUCAGCCUGCAGGUCGUCGUGGCUCACGCGGAGAUCCAUGGCGGGCCCGAGCGCUACAUCCACAGCGGGUCGUCCCUCAUGCUGGUGUGCCUCUUGAAGGGCGCCACGGAGCCACCCGUCUACGUGUUCUGGUACCGUGGCGACAGGAUGAUCAACUACGACAAAGAGCGCGGCGUCACGGUCGACAACACCCGGAAGGCGUCCAAGCUGUACGUGGCGUCCGUGUCCCGCAGCGACGAAGGCAACUACACCUGCAUGCCUUCCAACGCCUCCCCCGCCUCCGUCUCCGUCACCGUCGUACAAAAGGAGAAUCCCGCUGGACUUCAACAAGAGACAAAUACGGAGAAGGAGUCAUCUCCUUCCUCUUCCUCCUCAUCUGCAUCCUCCUCCUCCUCGUCAUCGUCAUCGUCAUCAUCGUCAUCGUCCGCCUCCUCCUCCUCCUCCAACAGCAGCAGCGGGGCGCCCGAGAGCACAGUCGCCCUGUCGCUGUUCCUUCUGCCGGUCUCCCUCCCCGCGUUGGUGCCGUGGUUCUUCCGGCGGCUCUGGAGAUGAUGUGCAGGCGCGCAUGCGCACGCGAGGCGUGCAGUGUGACUCGUUGUUGCUCCUUCGUUCAACCGUGACAGAAGUUUUGGGACUCUUGUGAGAAGGUCCUUUUAUUGGGUUAUUCAUACAUAUAAACAUAUACAUAUAUAUUUGACUACAGGAAGAGGGUAAAAAUUUAGAGGUUUAUAUUUGUAAUUUAUGUGUAAACAAAUGUAUUUUCAUGUGAACACCUAUAAUGGAAGAAAUAUCAUUAGUUUUGUUGUUGAUGUUUACUCCUGUAUUAUCCCCAAACUCCAAUAAAACGAAAACAGUGGAUUCCCUACAGAGUAUCACAUCCGCCGAACCAAGUGGUUUAUGUCAUCCAAAAAAACAUACAUAUACAUAUAUCUAAGUAAAAAAAAGUGUGUUCCUAAAUGUGUAAAUAUUAAAACUCCAUCAGGUGUCAUAGAACAUUACGUGUAUACCUCUCUUCGUCGUUAUACUCUGUACAUAAUCUCUAUAACCUAACCGUAGGUGCUGUGUGUAGUAUACUGUAGCUGGACUAGGAGGCUCAACAAUAACUUCAUCAAUUUUACAAAGUGACGAGGUAAAAAUGAGUAAAUAAACCUGAAAGAAAUACCAAAACAAGUGUUCUGUUCACGUGAGUUCUCGUGAACGCUGUGUUCGCCGCGGUUCGUGUUCAGCGAGUGUUCAAAGGCCGAGCGAAGUGUUCAGCGAGUGUUCAAAGUGUCACUUGGUGUCGCCUGGACUUGUGAAUGCCAUGUCGUGUCAGCUGUUCAUAUCAUCCCAUAUCAGUAUAAACUCCGUGUGUGUCAGAGGUCUGCGUGGAAGAGUGUAAAGAUUCAGAAAUUGUAUUUAUACUUUGAUGUGAUGUUUCAAAAAAAAAUAUAUGACAAAAAAUUUGACGGAAGAUCUUUUUUCACUGGAGAGCUUGAAGUAUUUUGUUGUUGAGAUUUUCUGCAAUAAAGGCGAGAAUUGGC